AUGGCCCUUUUUCUGCUGGCUCAUCGUGCCGAUGGUUCUUUGCUGCUCUUGCCACUUAUUCUCAACAGGACAUUCGCAUCUGAAACUCUCGACGGGAGGGACGGACCCAUUACCAGCGCCAUGUCCAUCUACGCCGCGGUCGUGGAUGAGAGUGACACGUAUAUCGAAGGGCCCUUCAACAACCCCAAUGGCCAAGCCCAUAGCAGGGCUCCCGUGGCGGUUGCACCGGCUCAGUACACCGGCAUCCUGACAGAGGAUAGCACGACGGCCAAUCGCGAGCCCUUGCCCCCGCGUCGCUCGCGUCCACCCGCCGCACCGCCCGUCACGGCCCAGCGGCCCCCACCCCCCAUCUAUCGUUCCAUGGCGGAGGCCCCAGCCCCUGCGCUUGGACCUUUCAACCCGCGAGAGAUGCACCCGGCAGAACGUGUCAUUGUUGAGGAAGAUUGGUACUAUCGUAACGUCACGCGUCAAGACGUUGAAGUCAUGCUCCAAGACGUGCGUCUGCGCUGGCAAUGUGCCCGUCCUUUCCCUGAUUGUGCUCAUGCAGUUUGCUGCCUUAUGCGCGUGAAGAGCAUCGCUCACUGUGCACUGUGUGCCGCUGCCACUCUUGGAUCGUGCUAUGUGUGA